UUAGGACAAGCACUGUGUAAACGUGUGCGUAUUACGUAAACGUUACUUUGUCACGGAUACGUAUACGUAUGCUGUGAGUUAAGGUUGCUUUAGUUAGGACUGUGUUUUUCUAAGGUAGCGUAUCUGACGUUUAGAAUAUUCGGUUACUCUGAUGUCAACAUUUUUAAGAAUCGAAAAUGGGUAAAUUUAAAGACGCUGCUUGGAAAAAGUUAUGUUUAGCUGGAGUAAUAACAACUGAAGACUAUUGGAAAAUAUGUAAAAAACGAACAUUGCACUAUAGCAGAAUUUGCUCCUACAGUCGAAAAAAAUUUGAUUUAUCAAAAUAUUCAGAUGACGAUGCAAAAAAUUUGUUUCGAUUUACACAUUUUCAAAUUUAUACACUGGUAAAUUUACUGCGGAUCCCACAAAAUUUCACUGUUCAUAGAAGUCGAUGUACUGGAAUAGAAGGCUUAUGUAUAUUACUUCGCCGCUUAAGCUAUCCAAAUAGAUUAUGUGAUCUUGUGAACAUCUUUCAUAGAGAUCCGUCUACAAUUUCACGAAUUUUCAAUUACAUGGUAAAAUUUGUUUAUUUUAGAAACAAACACCGUGUUCAGUCCUUAAAUCAAUGCUGGAUACUUAAUAGAUUGGAAGAAUUUGCGCAGUGUUGCGUAGCAGCUGGGUCAAUGUAUCCAAACAUUAUUGGAUUUAUUGAUGGCACUGCGAGAGCCAUAUGCAGGCCAAAAUACAAACAGAGAGAUUUCUAUAGUGGCUACAAAAAGCAACAUAUGCUGAAGUACCAAAGCAUUGUAUUUCCCAAUGGGUUAAUUGGUAGGCUUGAUGGCCCAUUUAUUGGAAGAAGACAUGAUGCAGCUAUUCUUAAUUUAAGUGAUAUAAGGCUAGAAAUGGCAAAUGUAUUCUCUACACCUACCACAAACUAUGCCUUGUACGGUGACCCUGGUUAUUCCAAUUCCCAGUACAUUAAAGUUGGCUAUAAAAAUCAUCACAGUCUCACUGAAAGGCAGAAAUUAUUCAACAAAACUAUGUCUGCUUUACGUGUGAGUGUUGAAUAUGGUUUUGGGAAAAUUGUGCAGUUAUUUGCCUUUGUGGACUUCAAAAAAAAUCAGAAAGUUUAUUUACAACACUUAAAAUUUCAAUAUUAUGUAGCAGCGUUUUUAGUAAAUUGUUAUAUUUGCAUGAGUGGAUGUCAAAUCUCAGAUUAUUUUGCUUGUUUACCACCUAGUAUCCAAGAAUAUUUACAAUAA